CAAACACCUUGAGCAGGCGGGAUUUCUUCCCGUUUUUCUGAUCUUUAUUGUUGUUGUCAUGAUGACAGACAAAGAAGACGACCAAGAUCAUGUUGAAGUAGACGAUCUUUUAACGUUUGAACUUCCCCCAUAUCGAUUGCCCGGCCAGGAUUUAUUGACGAAGCAAAUUCUGAAGAUGCAAACGACAACAGAUUUAUUGGCAGUACCAAAAGGAACAUAUGCAACAGCUGACUCGGAAUGGAAAGAUGGCCGCAGUGACGUGUUGUCUGUUCCUCCCCUUGGCAUACAAAAUUCGCUUCCACCCAUCCUGAUCGAAGUUCAAAAAACCGUUCACGAACCAUUUAUGCAGCGCUUAAUUGAUUACGCCCGGAACGUCUACAAGACUUAUAAAUCGUAUCCGAUACCUUUCACCGUCAUGGUCACAAAAUUCAAGGCGAUGGGCGACGAUCACAACUGUUUCCACUCCAUCAUUUGUUGCGAUUUCUGGGCGAAAUCAUGCCAUCUUAUUUCCAAGACGACCAUGGCUACCACCGAAGUUGAUGGCAACUUGCGAUCUUUGCACGCGUUAUCACUGUUUCUCAUCUCGACGUUGUAUGGACAUACCUAUGCAAAUGACCCAACUAUUCAGCGUUUAUACCAUAUUGCCAAGGGUUGUCUUGAAAACCACGCACGACAAGAAUCAAACUUUGCGGAAUCUAUCGACGUGAUUUGUUCGAAACAACGAAAAAAUUUUCCGGAAAAUUGA